GGAGCAUCUGUGCGAAUAUCUUCUGCUUUGUGAUUUUCACAGUCUAGGAACAAUCGCCGGUAGUUGUGUGAAAGCCCACGACCAGUCGGUGUCGUGAGUUCCGAUUUGAAGCUCUCAAAGGACAAUUAAACUGCAACGGUUAAUGUCUGUUGUCAUCGUGCUCCGCAUGUGACCCAGCGGAAAGGCUGGGCGGCUCGUGCAGUGUACCUACAGUGGAACACAGAGUUCAAUUGGACAGUGUUGAUUCACCACACCGAGGAGAGGAAACCGAGACACAACAGGAACCAAGACCCGGCUGCAGGCUCAUACGAAUCGAAGCCAGCUUCGUUGAAACGGCGCUAAGCACUAAUUGCUGUGAGAGCUUUUCAAGCCAAGGAUAUAAUCAGGAAAGGAGAUGAGCACCAAGAGGAAGUCGGAGAGUCACUCCAGGAUGGCAAACAGACCACGCAUAACAAAGUCUGGAGCGUCAGGGGCUGAUUCAGAGAGAGACUCCGGAUUCUCAGAUGCAAGCUCGGAGCACAUGAGCACAAUGGACAUCACAGACUCCGAGAAGUCCCCCAUUCGUGUUGUACAGAAUGGACUGCAGACUUCUGGCUCGGGUGCCCAGUCCUCUCAACUGGCUGUAGUGGGAGGCUCCUAUUCUAGCCUCUCUCCCAUGAUCAUCAUGAACAACGUCCUCCUCAAACAGCCAGGUGAAAAUCCUCCUCCUAUGAAGCAGUGGGGUUUUAGUCCCACAGUGGAGGUGGUCCAGCCAGUGGUCCAGCAGCCUCAGGUGGUCUUCCUUCGGCCUGUGGUCUCUCGUCAAACUUCCCCUGCUUCCAAAGAGGCCUCCUCUAGACACAGACGCCCCAAGAAGUAUCUUCCAAUCCUGAAAUCCUACCCCAAGAUUGCUCCACAUCCCGGCGACAGCUCCAGUUCCUCCGGGAGAGGAACUGCUUCCUCAUCUUCCAGCAACUCUUCUUCUUCUCACUCCUUCUCGUCGUCCUCUUCUUCACACUCUUCCUCUUCUUCUGGGUCAGCGAGGGGAAGCAGUUUGACCUCCAACCACCGCGAACACUGUCAAAGAGAAAAGCAGAAGAGAAACCUUUGUGGUGGUGCUAGUAACUCCAGCUCGACCACUCCCAGUCUUCCUUCUACCCCAAGCACCCCGUCUCCUCUGCUCCAGAGACGACUCUCCCUCCCCCCAACAGAGGCCAGUGCCAGCAGCAGCCCUGCCAGGGAGAGGCUUUCAUCAGCUGUCAGCCAGGCCGAGUUUUCCACCUCCCUGUCCGUUACUCACACCAACGACUCUGUUUCCCGGGCAGCUGCCCAAGAGGAAAGCUCAUCAACAGAAUGUGACCACAGUGACGGUGACGCCGAUGCGAAGAGGAAGCGCUUCUGCAACACGUACAACAUCUUGAGCAAAUCAGGGCUUCUGGACAUCGCACUCCGCACCAAGGAGCUACACAGGCAGAACCGACGCACCCAGAGCGACCUAGACCGGCUAAAAGAGCACACAGACCUGUUCCUUCAGGCUCUGUGCAGCGGCGACACCAGCAUCUGUUUGAAGUUGCAGGCCAGCCUUCCGGUGGAGGAAGGAGAGAAAGAGAAGCAGAGAGCUGCUCAGACCAGCUUAAAGGCAGAUUAGACCUGGACUAGUGCUGGGCUGUAAUCCUGCGGACUGAGGGGGGAAUGGCAGGUUGGUGGAGGGGGAUUGUAUAGAGACAGAUGGACCGAAAGUAAUGUUCUCCACACUAUCCCCCCCCAGACUGUCUCACACAGACAGUGUGCUGUGGCCUAAUUGUGGCUGCCUGAGGGCUCUUACACCAAGCCGAUCUCAAGGAAUCGGUGCAGAUAAAAAAAAGUUUGCGCUGCCAAACGUUUUCUGUGAAAAGUUGCCCUCAUCGUAAGACUGUAGCUGGUGGCGGGCUGACAGCCAACAAGCACAUAUGUUCUGCACCUUUUGUUUUGCUGCACCCUUUCAGACAGUUGUCUUUUUAGCUUGUGAAAAAAAAUAAACUACACUCAAACAGAUUUCAGAGCCCCACCUGUAAUUGCCUCUGUCACUGUUUCAAGGUGAAUCAUCCAAACAGCCACAGAAAAGGUCGAUCAGUGCCAUCUGUGAAGGACACGCUGCACAACCCACGGGGGACGGUCAGCCACACUUUAAGUGCUGCCCAUCAUCCUGCUGUUGCUUGGUGCGUUGGGGUCAAACAAGGCUAGAACCACAGCGCCCAGUUCUGCCGGACUGAGCCUGACUAAAUGUAAUCCACUGAAACUGCCUCUCUGCACACAAAACUAUGGCUCAUUGGCAAUCAAGACCCUGAGAGAUUUUGAUCCAAGACACAAAGCGGUGAACGGACAAACUAUUUUUACAACCGAAAGCACAACACAGGCUCUGAAUCUGAACUCUUUAUUUGAAUACUGGAUCUGUAAACUUUAACGUUGCAUGACAAGGUGUUCUCAUCUACAUUUUUAAAAUAUCAGCAUACUGCUCUUUCUAACAACACAUUGUCUGAUGAAAUUAAAUGGAAUUAGGUUGGUCUGUUUCUACAGUUGUAUAUCUUUCAUGGUUGUCCCUGAGGCUAUUUUCCACUGAUACUGAUGUGUUACUUCACGUACAUCCAGUUAACUGUACAGGAUCUAAUUUAUUUCAUGCAGCCGUUGACGGGUGUCACGAUAACUGACUUUGGUACCAAGUCAAUGCCAAAAUUCUGCAAACUUGAUGAAACUUGUUUUUCUUCAGUACAGUGGCAGCUACUGUCUAGGCGCAAUGCUAAUGGUACUUCAUCGCCCCCGGGUCCAUGGGAAAAGAAUGUGGGACACAGUAGACCUAUAUUUGAUACAUCAAGGGGAUGCACCGUACUUUACCCCUGAUAUUUAUUGUUAAAAAACAUUACAUCUGUUUAAAAAUGUGCAGGAACAAAGCUAGUUAAGGUUAGCUGUUAGCAGCUGGCGAACAGAUGUUGUAUAGAGUUGCAUUGUGGAGUGCUCAAGCUAUAUUGAAUAAAUGAUAACGUUAAUAACUACAGUAGUUUAAAGCAGUUGUUUUCACAGCCUUGUAAAAAAAAACCCACUAAGGAAGAGUAGUGUCACGUGAUUAACUUCCGAACAAAAAACAGUAAAGCAACUGUUAAAAGGAGUGUACGUUGAAGUACUUGUUAUCUAUGACUUGUUUUUUACCUUGGCAUCAAGACAUUUCGGGUCUUACCCGGUGUCUGUAUUGACGACUACUUUUCUGUUAUCGUGACGCCCCUACAGCAGUUACAUAUAUACACAUUGGUGAAUCGGACAGGCCUAUGGAAAUGCUCUCCUGUUACAUGGCCUCCUGCCAGUCGGUAUAAACAUGUGCCUAACAUUUCUUUAUCUUCACUGCUGCAUUUUGAAACCUGACGCGAAAUAUUUGGCACACCCUGUUGACGGUUUAUAAUAAUGUAAUGGUGUUAUACAUUUCAGACUGUCUGGAAGUGAAGCCCUUAACAGUUAUUGCUUUUUCGAUAACACCGCAGUGUAAAGGCUAUCUGUAACUUCUGUAUCAUGCUCAUGCGCCUUUUUUUUCUACAGUUGUGGAAAUAUUGUCUUAAACUAAAUUGCAUUUUAAAGUUUCCAUCUGUUUUUGCCUGUACGAAGCAAUCAUUUUGUGAACUGUUUUGAGUUAGCGACAAACAUCAGGUUAGGUUUGACUGGCUCAACUUUUGGCCUCAUGAAUCUGGAUUUCAUGUCCAAAUUAGAAACAUUUGCAGAGUUUUGUGAUGCUUAAUAGGAACGUUUUUGUAUGUUUAUAAGUUAUGGCCUUAAUAUCCAAACCCAUUGUAUGUCAGAACUUUGCAUUAGCACUAAAAUAAACUGAGAGCCACACUGAAGCAAUUUCUGAGAAUAAUUUGAUGGCAGCUAUGAUAGCUCCUGUGAGGCAGACUGCAAGAACCUUAAAAACAGUUGCAUUGUGAGGCACACGACCUGUAAUCAUACAUAGUAUUUCCUAAGUGACAGACAUACAUUACAAUUACUUGGUCAAAUGUUAAUAGCGGUUUCCUCCGUAUUAAAUACAUCUUUGCACA